AUGUCGGGCAUCGACACUGCUUAUGCUUUUGAUCAUAAUCAUAGGCCACAUAAAGCAAGCCAACCUGCUUUGCAAGCAAUAAAGAACCUUUGUACACAACAUGGACAACUUCAACUGCAUCAUUUCCAACUCUUAUGCCGCCUAGGCUGCGGGGAUAUUGGAAAAGUUUUCCUCUGCAAGAUUCACAAAUCUUUUAAGCCACACCCCAAUUGCUAUUUUGCCAUGAAAGUAGUGGACAGAAAAUCUCUGACUUUGAAAAAUAAGCUGAAGAGGGCAAACAUGGAGAAGCACGUGUUGAGUAUGCUUGACCACCCUUUCUUGCCAACCCUUUAUGCAAAUUUUAAUGCUUAUCAAUACUCUUGUUUGGUCAUGGAUUAUUGCCCUGGUGGUGACUUGUUUACACUUCAGCAGCAUCAGUCAGAUCUUCAUUUUAGCAUCUCCACUGCAAAAUUCUUUGCAGCUGAGGUGCUUCUAGCUCUUGAGUAUCUCCACAUGUUGGGGAUAAUUUAUAGAGACCUCAAGCCAGAAAAUGUGCUUAUUCAAGAAGAUGGCCAUAUCAUGUUAUCUGACUUUGAUCUCUCUCUUCACUUGGAAGUUCAUCCCAAGAUUCUAAAAUUUGGGCCUCACUAUGAGAUUGUGAACAAGAGAAUAAAGAAGCCAAUGUUGUGUUGCAGAAAUUCAGAUGAAUUUGUGAAAAGGGGUAUGAAGAAAGCAGCCAUUGCAGAUAGUGUGAUACUGCUACAUGCUUCAGAAGGAGCACAUGGAGUGGACAUGAUUGAUAUGUCAGCUGAGCCCAUUAAUGGUAGAUCACAUUCAUUUGUUGGGACUCACGAGUAUUUGGCACCAGAAGUGAUUUUGGCACUGGGCCAUGGAAGUGCAGUGGAUUGGUGGGCAUUUGGUGUGUUUCUUUAUGAGCUUUUGUUUGGAUUUACACCUUUUAAAGACACAAGCAGUGAGAAAACACUGAACAAUAUCAUAGAGAAGCCAUUAACCUUCCCAAGAAGAACAAACACUAGAGACAGAAAAAAUCAUGGGGAGAUUGCGAAGGCACAGGACCUUAUUAGGAAGCUGCUCGUGAAAAAUCCCAUUAAGAGAAUGGGAUACAACAUGGGAUCUUGCGAGAUAAAAAAACAUGAGUUCUUUGAAGGGGUCAACUGGGCCUUAAUCAGAUCAAUUAAAGCUCCUUUUAUUCCUAGAACUAGAACUUUACUCGAAAAACAAACCUCAUUUACUACCAUGCCAAAACUUGGCUCCAAGGACAAAGCAACAAUGCAAGGCCCUCAUCAAUUUGAUUUCUUCUAAUUAACUUUAAUUAGUGCCAUUAUUAAGGUCAAGAACAGACUCAUGUUGGCAACCUUUCCCUACCUGCUAGAUUCACUG